GCUAGUGCCUCCUCCCGCGGUAUGUCUGUUCCGGAAGAGGAACGAAUUCUUGCUCAGAGAGGAAGGAAAGCCUGUUGACAGCAGAAAUCCCACCCAGGAAACCGACAUUCACAUCACCAACAACAAUUACCAUUUUACUAAACGUGUCAGACAUCGCAUUCUCGUCUGAGACGAAGCAGGAGCUCCUAAGGUACUCCUCGGUCAGGGUAGUCCUCUGAAGGUAGCUGCUGUGCUCUCUGAAGUUCACCUGUGGCUCUCAACUCUUUCAGGUAUGGAACAUGGCAGCGACUGAAACACAGCUGAUGUUGAGCGUCGGAUUAAUCGGUAAGUUUGUGCCCUCGGAUAGUUUGUGUGUGUCGGUUGGCUUUGGAGAUGCUGGGUGUUCAAACUCACUCAACGAUCAGGAGGAUCACAUGAUACCAGUGUGACCCAUAAGUGUCUCAUCAAUAGAGCUCCAUGUCCUCAGUGGUCCACUGCUCCAUCAUCAGCUCUGUCAGUAUGCGUUAUAAACUGGUCAUACUGUGGUUCAUGGGUCAAGGAUUGGGUUCAGAAAAGUCAGGGGGAUCUUCAGUGACAGUCCAUGUUUAAAUACGUGCAGAUUCAUGAGUAAUGCUCUUUUUCUUUUCUCUUUGUCCCAGAGAAGGAUGUGAAUGGAGACACUCUGUGGGUGUGGUGCUAUCCCUCUGUGGGCUCAGACCUGAGGCAAGUCCUGCUAAAGAAGUGCUGUCUGACACAUGAUGGCCGGGAUUUUCACACCUUUGUGUUUGGUCAGUUCAGACGUACCUGGUACUAUAUCUCCACAGUGGAGGUGCAAGAACCCACAGCACUUCACAAGGUGCAGUAUCCAACGAGUCUCCUGUCAUUUGGAUCUAAACUCAGAAAUAAUCAGAGUGCACCUUUAAAUGAUUUGCUUUAGUUCUACUGUUGUUUCUUUUCUCUCCUUCCAGGUCACACAUUUUUCAAUGGUUGUUACAGCCAAAGACUUCAACCCUGAGAAGUACGCCGCACUCAGCAGAGUUCUCUGCAGGUACUCUUAGCAGCCAAGUAGAUACUUAAUAAUUACUUGUGAAGAGUGUUAGUGUAUUUAUUAAAAUAAAAUACUUCUUCUCCAGGAUGUACAUCAAAAAUGGGAGUCCAGUGAAAAUGAUGGAGGCUUAUGUCACUGUCCUUACCAAAGGCAUUUGCCAGAGUGAUGAAAACGGCUCAUUUCUAAUCAAGGACUAUGAUGUGCGGAAAGCAUACUUAGCUGGUUCAGUCAAAGGUACGUGAACACUAUCUUAAAGAGGUACUACAAUGACCAUAAUUACCACUUUUGUGGAAUUCAACCUUUAUUCUGACUCAGUGUGAAACCCAUGAACAGUUGACGCUGUGUUUAUAAAAAUAGAGGUUGGUUUGCAAACAAUUUAAAGCGCAUUUUUAACUGAUAAUAGUGCAAAGAAAUGUUAAAAUAGAAACUUGUUAUUGUUUUUCAUGUGUACUUUUAAUAUUUGAUGUCAGCAAAAUAUUUCAAAAGUGUCAGGACAGGGACAACAAAAUGCGGAAAAAGUUGUGUAAUGCAGAAACCAACCUGAGGGAACAUCUCCAAACUAAUAAGGUUAAUUUACACUAGGAGGAGUCUGUUAGGGGAGGUGCAUGAGCUAAUAUGCUGUCAUUCAACAAUUCCAAAAUAAUGAAAAAAAACAAAAAACUGGGGUUUAAUCAUCUUUAUGAAAUUGAAAGGUCCAGUGAAUAUGUGAAAGAGCUGUGAUUUUUGGGCCUUCUGAUGGUGACUGUGACUCUGAAGUAGAAAUUACUUUAGAGUCCAAAUAACUUCUGAAAACCAAUGUCUGUUAAAAGUAAAAGAUGGGUGUUCACCCCAUCCACAAAAGCAGAUCACAAAUGUAUCAUGCAAAGAAGAAAACCUUUGUAAAUUUGAUUCAGCGUUUUUUUUAAACGCUGAAUCAAAUUUCAAAUUAUCCUUUUAAAAACACAAUGCAAUGCAACUUUUGGUAUGCUUUCUUUAAUGUAUUUACUGUUUAAUACGAAAUUUUAAUGAUUUUCUUUCUAUCAACAUAUGAUUAAUAAACAUUUAUGGAGUGUCCCAACCAUCUAGGAAAAAGGAGGGUUGUAUUUGUAAAUGCUCUCAAAUCCUACUGGCUGUUGUGCACCUGCAUGAUCCUUUUUAAUUUUGAAGAAAUUUUUUUUGUGAGUAGUGGCCUCGUUUCCAUUUCAAGGGUGUUUUUUAGAGUCAGCCACGAGUUUAGGGUAAUCUUAUUUGAUUUAUUUUAUUUUUUUAUGCAUUCAUAUUCAAGAUACAAAAAAGCAAACCUCAAACCCUGUAAUAGGCAGGUCCUACAAUGAUGGUGGAAAUUUAAGGAGUGAUUCUGUAUCAGACAGCAGCUUUUAUAAGAGAUUUACUCUUUUUAUGGUCAAAGGUUGAUAUUUUUAAUUCAGUGCCUAAAAAAACAAAAACAUCUGAGAGAAAGAGAAAGAGAAACAUCUGUACCCUUCAUUGAAAGUUCUUGAUAGUUCUUAAAGCUGAUUUCUUCAGAGACAAAGAGGCAUAUUCAGUGUUGACUGACACACUCCUGCUCUUCCUCAGAUGUGGUGUCUCAGUUUGGUAUGGAGACCAUCAUUCUUUAUACGGCUCUCAUGCUGAAGAAGAGGAUCAUAGUCCAUCACCCUCGAAUUGAAGCAUUGUUGGAGUUUACAAGGUGCAUUAGACUUUUACAGGAAACCUUCAAUAAUUUUUUCUUUAUUUUCUAUGAUACAUUUUAUUGUGAUGUUAGGUGUUGAUAUUUAAUGUGGCCAAAUAGGGUAAAAAUGUGCGAAAAUAACCCAUUGUUAGUUUAAAGGGGUCCUUUUGUUUUUAUCACUUUUGAAAUUUGCUCAUCACCAAGCACUUCUUAGAGCCCUGCAUUUUAGCGUUUAACUGUGGACAUGUACACUGACAAGAGGCUGAACGGAGACCUUUACAUCACAAACCCUGAAUCAAAAUGUUAAUUAAUCAAAAGAGGCAUGUUUUUAAUCAUUGAGUAACUGUUUGCCUGUUUCCCCUAGAGUUCUACCUUGUUUGACAUGGCACAGGAAAGACUGGUCGAUCCUGCAUCCAUAUGUGCAUCUGACUGAUAUUGAGCUAGAGGAUCUGAAGGAGUGUCCCGGUGAGGCUGCCUUCUGGUUUACUGACUCUCAUUAACAGUAAACCUCCCCACAGUUGGUUAUUUUCCACCAUCUGCACCAUGAUCACUCUGAUCUCAUGGUGGAAAUGUAAUAUUUAUGCACCAAUAUGUUCAUUCUCUCCUCAGGAUAUGUUGCAGGAUUUGUUGAUCCAGAAGUGAGCAACAGAGCAGACUUGUUCGACGUGUAUGUGAACCUCCCAGAUAGUGUCAUCACAGUAACCCAGAGUGCUAAAGGUAUGAUAGAUAGAUAGCUAGAUAUAGAUAUAUAGAUAGAUAGAUGUCUUUAACAGCAAUUUGAUUCUAUUCAGUCCAGCACUGAUAGUCACUGUCUCACCACAGAGGCCAUGGCUAUGGGGAAGUUACACAAGGACAUUGGCCACCUUAUUCUUCAGUCUGCAGAAGAUGCUGAGAGGUCGGACAGUCAGGUCAUAAAGGUAAGGACUUCCCAGUUUUUGACCAACUGCUCUGAGAAAUGUGUUAAUUCUGAAAUAAUUACCUGUCAUUCCCACACAGGAUAUUUCUGUCAAGACGAAAGAGAUCCUUUCCAAUUUGGUGUCUAUGGCUGAUGAGUGUGAAGACUCCAAAAUAACACUGGAAGUUUUAAAGCACCAUCAUUUCCCCCCAGCGACAGAGAACUUUCUCUUUCAUUUGGCAGCUGCUGAGCAGCUCUUGCGAAUAUAAAUCACUUUAUCAGGCAAGACGCUGCAGGAAGAUGGAAUUAUCACAGCAUGGACUCUACUGUCCUGUUGAUUUAGGGAGAAUUUUGUUUGUCUUUAAUGCUUGUGAACACUCAGGAUGAUCAUCAUAACCAUGUGCAGCAGUUACUCUCUUACAAUGACCUCCAUGUGAGGUAGGAAAGUCAAUAGCAUCAUGCACUCACAUAAAAAUAGUCUAUAUAACACAUAUCAAACCAGGACCAGGGAUUACUCUCAGAAUUAGGGGAUGUGUUUGGUCAUCCAAUUCUUCCAUGAAGGGAAACUGGGCUUGUUUGAGAUGACCUCAAACCAGUCCAGUUCCCCCUUAACGAAGAAUUGGAUAACUAUGACCGGGUUGAACGAGAACCUACACAAACAUAUCUUUUGUCACUUUUUGGCCCACAGUUCCCAUUCAAAGGCCAAAAUCUAGCUAACAUGUUUAAAAGUGCUAGCUAUGUUACUCAUAAAAGUCUUAAGGUAACAGAGACUAAGCACCCAAACAAAAGGUAAGUUGUAAAACAGGACAACGAACACACACUGUUGACUGUGGUCCUUUCAUGGGUCGUCUGUCUUUUCUAUUAUUAGCCGGUGCAAAGUAUUUGUCUCCAGCUUGGUGAAAUGGAAGUGGGUUAGCUGGUACUUUUUCAGCUAGUACAUCUGAAGCUUAACUUUUAAAUAUCAUGUCACAAACCAAGUUCCUGGGUUGAAGUGUUUGGUUCACACCGGUAAGAGUCAGACGUUGUUUCAUAGCAUACUUUCUGUGUGGAUACAGCUGUAGCAUCAAUGGAAUGGCUCAUGUAGACAUGUGUAGACAUGGGAGUAUGUAGCAACAUCUAGCAUUGGGAUUCUGGGCUGAAAGGCUCCCCUUACUCACAUCUCCCUCUGGUGAAGCUCCAGAGCAACAGAGGUCUUCAAGGAGACAAAGCUGCUGUGACAUAUUGAUAAGUAUGAGUAUGAUUAAUUUGUCAAGUUUUUAUCAGAACAAAUUUUAGUCCACACAACUGCCCCCCCCCCCCGAAUAGAAAAACAUGCACAGCUAGUACUACUUUGUCCGCUCUGUGCUACAGUAAAAACAUGGCAGAGCAAGACGGCGGCCUCUGUGCAAAGGGACCCACUUCUGUGCAAAUUUAAAAGGCUUAUUCAAAGUAACAGGAACAACAUUAACACUAAUUUAAACAUGCUUGUGAAAACUUGAUUCCAAUUCAACCAAGUCUGCUCUUCUAAAUGGCCCCAAAUACUACACACUGCACCUUUAAUGAGCCAAUGAACAGAAAAUGCACAUGGUCACUGAGGGCUGAUCAGAUACGGAUAUUUUAUACAGUGGCUUUAUCAAUAUUUGUUCACUUUGUGUCACUUAUUUUGCUAAUUGAUUUAGACAUACACCAAAACUGUAAGUUUGAUUGUGCUGAGGCUUUUGCAGCAUUAGUUUUGUAAAAUAUAAUCAGGUCCUCAUCAAUCUCCAACUUUUCACUUUUGGUGCUUCUUCUUCAUUGUGUGUCUAGCAGGUAAAAGGAUUUUUUGAAUCAAUGUCUAACAUGUGCCACUAUUUCAUGGUUUUGCACCUUUUCCAUCCAUCAACUAAAGGUUUUGUGUCUCAGUAUUUCAGAUAAGACACCAAGUGCAAUACCCAGCAAUGCUCAUGUGACUUAAAAGUCUAAAUGUAUUUUCACAAGUUGAUGAAAGGUUUCUUAAACACAAAUAUAGCUACUACUCAAACAAAGUAUAAACUACUCUGAAAGAACAGUUUUCAUGUAUUUUAAUGUAUUAAAAAAAUCAUUUCCCAAGAAAA